AUGCCUCCUAAAAAGCACAAGAAAGGUAACCAAAACGUACGGGGGAACCCGGCGAAACGAAUUCGAAGGCCGAGCCGAAGGGUUAUCGAGGCUACACCGGCUGCGAGCGAGACAAGUGAUGUACCAUGCGCUCCUGCAUCUAACAGCGGGGGGGGGGGGGGGGGGGGGACGCUCAACGCCAGCUUGAAUCAUGUACCUUCAGCACCACAGGUCAUUCCACAGCCGUCAUCGGCUCGCCAAGGCUCCAGUAGACAGUCUCAGGGUCAGUUACCAACGGACCAAAGUAUGCAGCACAGUGUGGGCACCGCAGCCACAGUGGCCACGUUUUCGGGCUUUGGCUCCAUAUACAGACCCAAUACCAACACAACUACCCCCAGAGAUUUGGCAGUUUUGACCGAGGAAACCAAUAGACUCUUAAUGGCUUCUAUGGCAGAGAGUACAUGGCAAACAUAUAAAACGGCUUCUGAUAGUUUCAAUCGUGUCAGGUACUUGUAUGGGUUACCUCUUUCAUGGCCAGCUCCUCUCGAACAUAUCAUUCAAUUUAUAGCUUCUAUGUCUGCAGAAGGGAAAGCCUGUGGAUCUAUUAGAACUUAUAUAUCCGGCUUGUCAUAUAUGUACAAAAUUCAUGGUCUCACGGACAUUACCAAGUCAUUUAUAGUCACUAAAUUGUUAGAAGGAGCAGCCCGACAAAACCCAACACACGAUACCCGAGCCCCGAUAACUCUUAAUAUCCUGAUUACACUGCUCCAGGCUUUAGAAAAAAAGUCUGUCUUAAUAGUUAUGAAAUUUGUUUAUUUAAGGCAGCAUUCUGUUUGGCAUUUUUUGGAUUCUUGAGAGUAGGGGAAUUAACCAGCAAAUCACUCAAAAGUCUGAACUUGAGACCUUUGCAGUUUGGUGACAUUGCCAUUGUUGAGGCUAAUGGGUGUAAACAUGUGAAAGUCACAAUUAGACAAUCAAAGACUGAUCAACUAGGUCAUUCCUCUACCCUAUAUUUGUCAGAAACUAGAGGUCAGGCAUGCCCUGUUAGGGCAGUGGUAAAUUAUUUAAAGGUUCGAGCUCAGGGUUUAGGUCAAGGUCAAUCUUAGUUCAUUUUGAUGGCAAACCCCUGACACGUUAUCAGUUUUCAGCUAUACUUGCCAAAUCAUUGCAAUUCUGUGAGGGUAAGAUUGGACGAUUUAAGUCGCAUUCGUUUCGUAUUAGGGCUGCAACAGAGGCAGCAAUGAGGGGCAUCCCUGAUCAAGUUAUUAAACAAUGGGGGCGCUGGAAGUCAGAGUCUUAUACUUCAUAUAUUAGGUUUUAAUACUGCUACAUAUAAGUUUGCUUGUAGCUUAUUGUUACUGUUCACUUUUUCUAUUGUUCCUACAUUAACAAAUACUAAGAUUUGCAGGAUGUAAGAGUGUUAUAUGGGUCAUGGGAUCGUCCAUUGUGUACUGGGCUGCACGAAGUGCCUGUAUUCGGCCGGGAGGAAAACAUCUCACCCUACAAGACGAGAACAUCAACAUUUUGUGGUUUGGAGUAAGGGGAAUGAGAUGGAAGGACUUUGACCCUAUUUUCGACAAUAAGUUAAAGUCUAAUCCGCCACCAGAUUACCUGGUAGUACACUUGGGUUCAAAUGACCUUGGCAUUUUGUGCGGAGUCGAACUCAUUCAUACUAUUAAAUGCUCC